CACACCGACACAACAGCAGCAGCCAAGCUGUGGACAAGUGGGAUCGGCCCGUGGCCCCCGUGCUCCUGAUAAGUCGUCCCCGCUCCUCUGUGCGCACUUUGGCCGGACUGAGAGGAAGAUCACGAGUAACAGAGAGGAAAGUGCCACCGGCGCUACCUGCUGCUGCUGCGGCCACAGUCAACCGGGAGUCACCUGCCGGGAGGCAAAAGUGCAUUUUAAGCAUAGUUGUAGGAACACAUUGGAGUCGUGGAAGAUGUUCCACGUGGCUGAUGGUUUAUAAGAAACUCUUUUUUUAAAGGACGAAGGGCCCUUCGUGUCACUUUUUGCACUUGCGCGUCCAGCAAAGGAGAUCUUACAAAAAUUAACGUAUUUAUUAUUUUCAGGCUUUACUUGUAACUGAUGUCAUGUGUUUUGGGAAGUGGGACGCAGCUGUUUGGAUGGACAGGCACUGCAGCUGAGAGAGAGUGAAAGAGACGAGACUUCCUUCAGAGUGUCUGCUAAAAAACAGCGAAGGAAGAAGGAAGAAGCCUCCAGCAGACGCAGGGACAUGGAUGGUAUCGCUGUCUUUGAAAUCCGUGUGUCGGCGCAGUCUGCAGAUUGGGUGCACAGCGCGUCUGAGCCGUGACAGUUCAUCAUGACAGAGAAUCCGAACUGCACCUGACCACGAAUGUAACGUUGCCGGAGCCCACUCCACUACAGGAUCCACGAUGUCCUCAGUCCAGACGAGGAAGCUGACUCUUUGCCAGGCCCUGACCUUUGUCCUGCUGCUGGUCCUUCCCAUGUGCCUAUCCUCCCCACAGAGUCCCUCUUGGAUUUCGGCGUGGGGUCCUAACAGCGACGAUUCAUCGGUGCGUCCAGCUCGCACACGGAGGCAGCUGCACUUCAGAAAUGAGUGGGCGACAUGGAGCGGCUGGUCUGUGUGCUCACGCACCUGUGGGGGUGGAGCAUCUGUGAGGUCACGCACCUGCAUCACAAGGAACCCAGUGGGUGGACCAUGUGCAGGAGAUCCCAGACAGUACAAGAUCUGCAACACCAAGGACUGUCCCCCUGGCUCGGAGGAUUUCCGAGAGAUGCAGUGUGCUGCCUUUAAUGACAGGCCGCUGGUGGCUGGCAACUCCUUCAGAUGGACCACCUUUCAUGGAGGCUCUAACCCCUGUGAACUCAGCUGCUUGGCCUUGGGUCACAACUUCUACUACAACUUUGGCCGAGUGCUCGACGGCACAGCCUGCGACAAGGACUCAGGAGCAGUGUGUGUGAACGGACGCUGCCUGAAACCUGGCUGUGACUUCAUCUUAGGCUCAAAGCAGCAGGUGGAUGCCUGCAUGGUGUGUGGCGGACACAACGCCACCUGCCUGCACCACAAGAGUGUGUACCAGAGCAACAGUCUGGAGGCAGGCGGGCCUUUUGGAUACAGUGAAGUGGCCAUGAUCCCUGCUGGAGCGACUCACAUCCGAGUCACUGAUAACAGCAGGAAUUAUCUUGCCCUGCAGAAUGGACGCUCCCAGUUUUUGAUUAAUGGAAACUGGAAGAUCAGUGUUCCAGGCGAGUACAGUGUAGCAGGGACUAAGCUGGUUUAUCGGCGCUCAGCAGACACCUGGGAAAGCUUUGAGGUGCCAGGACCCACCCAGGAAGACCUUCAUCUAAUGGUUCUGGCAACAGACAGAAACCCAGGGAUUGAGUACGAGUAUUGGCUCCCACCAGACCAGUAUGCUCUCUACCACGGGAGGAGGAGCCCACUGCGACAGGCUCACCAUACUGCCAGCUACCUACCCUGGAGUCAGCCCACUGCUUCAGCCACAACCACCACUACCAGGGCUCCACAAAACACCCCCCGACCUCACUGGUUUUUACAGCCAGUGAAGCCACCACACCACCAGCGUCCCCACCAGCCCAUCCUGCCUCGUCUGGAGCGGGACGAGAACCGUAGAAAUUUCCUUCCUCAGCCUUCACCUGAAAGGCAUUGUGGCAAAUGCCAGCGGGUUAAAGGUCGACGAGAACGCCAGAGACAGUAUUGCCAGAAGGACUUUGUUUUCCGGGCAAGAGUCCUUUUGAAGCUGCAACGAGGUGAGGAAACUCGUUACGAUGUCCAGAUCAUCCACACCUACCGGAACCGGUUCCGCCUGGAGCACCGGGAGUUCCUGUGGGUCCCUAAUGUGUGCGACUGCCCUAACCUGGAAGUAGGGAAACAGUAUAUCUUUAUGGCACGACGUCACAUUAAUUAUGAGCGCACAUUAAACCGAAUUCUGCUUGAAGAGGAGAGCUACGUGGUGCCAUACAGACCCAGAGAGGAUGAACUGCUAUGGCCGCUUGAAAGGCUCUGCAGCAACAGAGGACCCAAACAGAACUGAGGGGAUGAGCGUUGUCGCACGCUUUACUCAAAUAUAACAUUUCUGGACCUUUAAACCAACAUCAGAUUCCUUGUGAUGCAUGUAUUCCAGAAAUACUGAGAGUCCACGAUUAUUUAAAAGCCUGACCAGCUUACUGUACAAUUUAGAGCACUUUAGGUGACGCUUGUGCCACCUUUAAAAACACCAAAGAGAAGAACAGACUGAAAUGGCCUUUUUAUUGUGGCUGUUUCCCACAACCAUCAUAUAUUUUUAUAUUAUAUUUGUUUUUGUGUAAAAGAAGAAUCCACUUUGAAUAAUUUUCUCCUUUUUCUCUUUAGUAUUUCUGAAAAAAUGCCUAAAAACCAGAAUUUUGUCUGACGGGAAGCACAUGGCGAUAGCUGUGGUUUCAAAAUAACUUCUGAUCCUAUCAAAGUCUGUGGGAGAAUGGCUCAGUCACCUAUUUUGGGUUGUUCUGAAUAUAUGUUUUGAUCUGUUUUGUAAAUCUUGGUCAUACUAUUUUCAAAUAGCAUAUGUGAUAUGAAACCUCCAGCUUAUUGGCUAGCGAGAUGUCAUCAAGGGUUGAUCGACAGCACCAAAACAAUCGAGACAGCAAGUUAGAUUACAGAUAUCCGAGGAUAUUGGUGGUGACGAGGUUUUAAAAAAUUAGAGCCGUCAUUAAAUAUUACACUACAUGAUCAAAUAAAGACACUUCAUUAUGAGAAAGGGGACAGAAUGCUGGGUUUCCAACAAUCGCGUUUUCAGAUUCUAAUCCUGGGAUGUUAAUGAGAACGAUCUCACCUGGAAUAAGGUAUACUGUGUGCCAAACUCAGCUCUGUGGAGCAGCUGCUGCUCACCUGCUUUAGACUAGUCAUAGUGCGAGAGGCGGGGCACACCCGGACAGGUCGCCAGUCUGUCGCAGGGCUGAGAAGCGGGGUACCAUAAUAACAAGCCAUAAUUAGUGAACAUGAGUGGACCGAUAUCAGCUGAACAACUGAAGGUUGUUCACCAGUGCAUUAUUGAGGCACUGCAAAUUAUUUAAUCCCAACAAUGGGGCUGUUUCAUUGUCUGUUUUUCUUUUUUGAAAUAAUUUAUCUGAAUUUCAGGCGUGGGACCACACCUCAUACACUUCCCCCCUGGUCCCAUGGUUGUAUGGUUUUCUUGCACAUUUCCUUUCAUUUUCACGCUCGCCAACUCACACAAUCAUUCUCAGUUCUCAACUAUCAAUAGUACCUGGGGAUCUGCUUGGCCCAGAAGCUCCUGCCAGUUCUCCCUGAGGCCUUCCCCAGUCCACAGACUCAGGUCUAGAUCCGAGGCCUUCCCCAGUCCACAGACUCAGGUCUAGAUCCGAGGCCUUCCCCAGUCCACAGACUCAGGUCUAGAUCCGAGGCCUUCCCCAGUCCACAGACUCAGGUCUAGAUCCGAGGCCUUCCCCAGUCCACAGACUCAGGUCUAGAUCCGAGGCCUUCCCCAGUCCACAGACUCAGGUCUAGAUCUGAGGCCUUCCCCAGUCCACAGACUCAGGUCUAGAUCCGAGGCCUUCCCCAGUCCACAGACUCAGGUCUAGAUCUGAGGCCUUCCCCAGUCCACAGACUCAGGUCUAGAUCCGAGGCCUUUCCCAGUCCACAGACUCAGGUCUAGAUCUGAGGCCUUCCCCAGUCCACAGACUCAGGUCUAGAUCUGAGGCCUUCCCCAGUCCACAGACUCAGGUCUAGAGCUAUCUUUAUUCCAUCUGCCACUCUCUUUCAAGAAACACUGUCCAUCUAAUCAAGGAUGUGGUUCUUGCAGCAUUAAUUUGAUGUGAUAGUUUGUGAUUCACAAGUUAAUCAGAGUGUUGAACGUCCACAGCGUAAUUCAUUUCUGAUUUUUCCAACAUGGAGGUUUGGAAGUCUUUAAGAAGAUCGACAGACUGGCUACCUGUCCAGAGUAAAAGUAUUUCCAGUUCUUCUCACUGCGUAGUUCUUUCUCAGACAAUAGACCAGAAUAUAAUGCAGACACUAACUUCACUACUCAAACUGUGGCGUGACCUGUCCUUACACUACAGCUGAAUCAGACAAUGGGAAAAACCUGAAACAGCAGUCACGACAGACUGAAUUAGAUGCUUUAUCUUUGACUGGUGAUAUCUAAUAACAGAUUGUUUCACAGUGUUCAUGUAUGAAAAAUAAGCUUUAAUCAUAACUCAAUGUUUUUGUGUCAGCUGUGUAAUGUCUUUCAUAACGUUGCUUAUUUGCUGUAUUCAUUUGUUAGAGUAUGUUAAAUCAGGUCUGGCCUUUGAUACUUACAGAAAAUAAAUAUACAGUAUUUUAUUGUGUGGCGCUGAUUAGCUACAAAUGUAUUACAAUAUAACUGAUUAUAACUGUUUUAAGAAGCCUUGUAAUGAGUUAAAUGGUUGAACUCUGCUUAUUGUGUUGUGGAUUUAAAAUAUCAUAUUUGCUUUUGAACCUAAUAUACUGUAUGUAUAUGUGUCAAAGAGACUCUUUGUCUUUAUAAUGUGCGUGUGUAUUCAAAGACCAACCAAUGUAAAAUAACAAACGAGAAAAAAUUAACAUCUGUAAGAAAACUGUAUUUACCAAAACCAUUUACAUCUACACCAAAGGAAGCACUAAACAGUGGCUAAUACAACUUUAUACACACACACACACACACAUAUAUAUAUAUAUAUAUAUAUAUAUAUAUAUAUAUAUAUUGUUUUUUUUUACUAAGCCUGGUUCCUGCUCAUUAACUGUAUGUGAGUCAUCACAGACACUUGGCUCAGUUUCCCUUCAUUUGAACAGGGACUAUUGGAAACCAGUCCUAGGCUUCAUAUACUUACAUCAACGAGACCUUUUGUGGGAUGGAGCGGGGCUAUGUUAGAUGCACAACAUAUUUCAAACUCGCUCUUGCAGACAUGAUUACAUCAUUUGAAGGCAUGAGACGGGAAGCUUCUAUCCCUUCUGCAUUUUUAAUACUUUUUAAGCACUCCUGGAUUUAUUUUUUUAAGUUUUUAAAAUUGCUUCACAAUUUGCAAAAAUAAAUGUAAACAAUAAAUAAACGUAUCUGGAUAAUUAUAGUGAAAUACAGAAGUGAAUUAUGUCAUUUUAACACGUCCUCAGUUAAUCGUUAAAAAAAUCAUGUAAUUCUACUUAGCUGCCUCUCAAUUGUUCUAGUAAACUUUGUCUCAGAGUAUUUAAAGAUCAAAAUCUGAUGAAACAAUGCAGACGUGAUCUUUUUCAGAAUUUAAUUUAACACAUGAACAAAUCUUUCUUUGGGUUUGUGUGGGAAACAAGAAUCAAGAGCUGCUGCAUCAAA